AUGUCUUGCGCAAAAAAAUAUUCUGAAUGGUUGGAAGAAGAAAUACAAAAGGGUAACAUAGCCUUUUAUAAAUAUUCUGAGUUUGAAAAUGUAAAACAUAUUGGACAAGAAACGGUUGAUGAAGUGUUUAUUACAAAUCGUAAUCGACGAUUCAUACCUGUUUUAACCAGGAACGGUUCACCUGAUUUGUUAUCUGUUGGGCCAUCUGCACAAAUAUUUAGAGAAUCUAGUUCAAGUAGUCUUAGAAGGAUAUUGAACAGAUCAAAUUCUUCUCAAAGGUUAGACGAUGCAAGAGAAUAUAAAGCUCAAGGAUUA